UGAUUCAGGCCAAGAAAGCCUACGAACUGCAGAGCGAUAACGUGUACAAAGCAGACCUGGAAUGGUUGAAGGGUAUUGGAUGGUUGCCAGAGGGUUCGGUGGAAGUGAUGAGAGUGAAGAAUGCCCAGAAUCUCCUGAAUGAAAGGUUGUAUCGUAUAAGGCCUGAGGCCCUCAAAUUCACCAGCAUUGUUGACACCCCUGAAGUCAUCCUGGCAAAGACCAAUGCUCUACAGAUCAGUGAGCCAUUGUAUCGCGAUGCCUGGGACAAAGAGAAGGCUAAUGUGAAUGUGCCAGCCGACACUCCCCUGAUGCUGCAGUCCAAAAUCAACGCCAUGCAGAUCAGCAACAAACGCUAUCAGCAAGCUUGGGAAGACGUCAAGAUGACAGGUUAUGAUCUGCGAGCAGAUGCCAUCGGGUUCCAGCAUGCCAAGGCUUCCAGGGACAUCGCCAGUGAUUAUCUAUACAAAACUACUUAUGAGAAGCAGAAAGGCCAUUAUAUUGGACUUCCCAGUGCCAAGGAAGACCCGAAACUGGUUUGGGCGGCAAAUGUGAUGAAGAUGCAGAAUGACAGGCUGUACAAAAAGGUCUACAAUGACCACAAGGCCAAGAUCUCCAUCCCGGUGGACAUGGUGUCCAUCACAGCUGCCAAGGAAGGCCAGGAGUUAGCAAGCAAUGUGGACUAUCGCCAGUACCUGCACCACUGGUCUUGCUUCCCCGACCAGAAUGACGUGAUCCAAGCCAGGAAAGCCUACGACCUGCAGAGUGAUGCUAUCUACAAGGCUGACUUGGAGUGGUUGCGUGGCAUCGGCUGGAUGCCUGAAGGGUCUCCCGAGAUACUGAGAGUCAGAAAUGCCCAGAAGAUCUUCCUAGACAGUGUCUAUCGGACACCUGUGGUGAAACUCAAGUACUCAAGUAUCGUUGACACUCCUGAAGUUGUCCUUGCUAAAGCAAAUGCUGAAAAUAUUAGUAUUCCAAAGUACAGAGAAGUUUGGGACAGGGAUAAAACUUCGAUCCACAUAAUGCCAGAUACUCCAGAAAUUAAUCUUGCUAAAGUCAAUGCUGUUAACGUGAGCAAGAACAUUUACCGGGAAGAUUGGGACAAAGUGAAGAUGAGCUGCGAUGUGCGGCUGGAUGCCAUCCCUAUCCAGGCUGCCAAAGCCUCCAGGGAGAUCGCCAGUGACUAUAAAUACAAGCUUGACCAUGAGAAGCAGAAGGGGCAUUACGUUGGCACCCGUACAGCCAAGGAUGACAACAAGAUCCGGUGGGCCCUGAUAGCUGGCAAGAUUCAGAAUGAGAGAGAGUACCGGCUGCCGUGGGCCAAAUGGAAAACUAAGUUCCAAAGCCCUGCGGAUAUGCUUUCCAUCACGCAUUCUAAACAUUCCCAGACUCUGGUCAGCGACAUAGAUUAUCACAAUUACUUACACCAAUGGACGUGCUUGCCUGACCAGAACGACGUGAUUCAGGCCAAGAAAGCCUACGAACUGCAGA